UGAGUGUUCAAAAAGCUCAGAAUAAGGCAUUGCAUCCUUUAAAGUACUUGAGAAGAAUGUCUAUUCUGUUUUUCUUGGGUGAAUUUUAUAGAUUUAUUUCUAAGAUUAUUUGCUUCAUAGAGAUGUUCCAUACUUUUAUUUUAUUGUUAUCUUCUUUUUAGUGUUCUGUCUUAGUUGGGGUUUUAUUGCUGUGAAGAAACACCAUGAUCAUGGUAACUCUUAUAAAGGACAUUUAAUUGCAGAUUCAGAGAUUUAGUCCAUUAUUAUCACAGCAGGAAACAUGGUGACAUGCAAGCAAACAUACUAGUACUGAGAGUUCUACAUCUUGAUCCACAGGCAGGAGGAGACUCUGUGCCACACUGGGUAUAGCUUAACCAUGGAAGACCUCCAUUCCACCACACAAAGAGACACACUUUCUCCAGCAAGGCCACAUCCAUUCCAACAAGAUCACACACCCUAGUAUUGUCACUCCUUAUAGGCUAAGCAUUCAGAUACAUGAGUCUAUGGAAGCCAUACCUAGUAAAACCACCAAAUGUUCUAUUCAUUACUGAAAGUGGCUAUUGAGUUCUCCAAUUAGUACUUUUGAAUUGUCUAUUGUAUUUCUGUGACUUUUUGUUUCAUAUACUUUGUUCUAUAUUCUUAGAUGAUUAGAUGUUCGUUAUUGGAAUAACUUCCUAAUAGUCUAACCCUUUCAUCAUUAGAAAGCUUUCUUUAUCCUGUAAUAUUUUUGUUUUAAUAUCUAUUUUUCUUUCUGAUACUCACAUUGGCACUCUACCAUUCUUAAGGUUGCAAUUUAUGUCUUGUAUCUUUUUCCAUUUUUUUAAACUUUCAAUUUAUCUAUAUACUUUUUGAGACACUCAGUUUAACAGACUCAUUUCUUAGUCUUGCUUUCUCAGGGUGAAUGGAAAUGAACUCAUUACCCCACUCAGAAGUGGCCCAAUCCUGAAUGCAAGGGAGAAAGGGAGGAUGAAAAUAGACCUAUUAUUCCUAGGGGAUUAAAGGCUAGAAGUGACACCCCUUUCUUUUUCUCCCUCUGGGAUGUAGGAAUCUCAAACCUGGAGCUUCUUUAUAUCCUUUCAACUAGGAUUGAAUGGUAAGAACCAAGUGAUUCAGGCAGAAAAAGAGUCACGGAAACGAAAUUGCUUUAAUCAAGAAAGGUGAACAGCACAUACAUGUCUUUAAUGCCUGUACUGUGGGAGGGAGGCAGAAACUUUGGGAUCUUUGCAAGCUUGGGGAAAACUUGGAGAAAAAAAAAAAAAAAGGAAGGGAAAGGAAGGCCCUCCCUUCUCAUGGCCAUCAUUGUGACAUCAGAGUGGUGGUCCAAUCAUUUGGCUAUGGAACAUAAUAAAUUUACAUAAGACUACUGAUUGGUUGACGGGCAUAGGCCCGCCCCCAAGAUGACGUUUGUUUACGAAUUGUUGCCAGAGAAACCGGCAUUUGCCCUGCGGGUUGGACAGGCAGCAGUAACGCUUUUCACUGCCGCUCCUCCACCCUCUUUAAAAAGAGCUAAAUUUGAUGUAAAAUCAGGGAAUUUACUCCUGAAUGUAGAAGUCAUUUGGACUACAGAGUUCUGGGUUCGGUUCCCAGUUCAUUUUUCCAGUCAGUCCAGAAAAUAUGGGAAUUGAUUAGUUCUUCGAAGAUAAAGCAAGAAUAUUGCUUAAAUGAGUUCCAAAAAGAAAGGUCCUUACCUUUGUGACCAGCAGUUUGCUGAAGGAGACGACUUUUCAAAGCUAAAGCCAAGCGACAGGCGGGUCCGAAAGGCAAGAAGUGUCUCCUCACCACAGAAGUCAACCGAGCUGAGGAGUCUUCAAUCAACUCUUCAGAGACGACGGCGGGCCCGCUCUGUGAAGAAAAGCCAUUCAGUGGAGAAAAGUUACUCUGAGGAGAAAACCUGUGCUGUGGAGAAAAUUCCCUCCACUGAGAAAGCCUACUCAACAAAGAAAAAUCCUUCGGCUGAGAAGCGUCGUUCUGUCGCCAAGAAACAUCACACUAUAGUUAAAAGCUCCUCGACCGAAAAGCUUCUGUUAGCAGAGAAGCAUGCCUAUGCUGAAAAAUGCCUUACUACAGAGAAGAGAUCCUCUGCAGAGAAGCACCCGCCAACUUUAAAAGGUCGGAUGACCCAGAAAAGUGCUUCUGCUGGGAGGCACCACUCUGAGUCGCACCGCUCUGGGAAGACCCUUCGCUUUCCUGAGAAAUCCAACAUUAAAGAGAACCAUCAUUCAUCUGUGAAGCAUAGCUCUUUAGAGAAAGAUCAUCCUGAGGAUAGAGGGCGUCCUAUCAAGAAAAGAUGCCCUACAGAAAAAUCUCAAUCCACAGAGAAAGGUCAGUUGACAGAGAGAAGUUCCUAUGCUCCUGCCACUGAGAGAGGCCGCCCUACCAAGAGAAGUCAACCUACUAAGAAGGGUCUCUCUAAUGAGAAUCGGCACCCUGCAAAAAAGGGCUAUUCAGCCAAGACACCUGGCUCUGCAGAGAGAGAUCACCAGAUAGAGAGAGGUGGUGCUACAGAUAGUGGACUCUCUACAGAGAAAGAUUGCCCUUCAAGGAGAAGACGGCCAGCCAAAAAAAGUCAUCUGGAAGAGAAAGUCCACUCCCAGAAAAGUAGCUAUGAAUCAAGAGUAAUUUCUGCAGAAAAAGAUGGUCUGGCAGGAAGAGUUCGCCGCAAAAGAAGCAACCCUUCAGAGGAGGGUCACUCAGUCAAGUGUAGUAUCUGUGACUCAAGUGUACCCUCUGCAGGGAAGGAUCGCCCUGUAAGAAGUCGCUCCGAUAAAAGCAACCCUGGAGAGGACAGACGAUCAGUCGAGAGUGGUAUCUCUGCAUCGAGAGGACCCUCUGCAGGGAAAGAUAGCCCUGCAGGAAGAGGGCGCCCCAAUAAAAUCCGUAGGGCAGAGAAGGGUCACUCGAUGGAGUAUGGUAGCAGUGCACCAAGAGGACCCUCUGCAGGGAAAGAUCGCCCUGGAGGAAGAGGUCACCCCAACAAAAGCGGCCCCACAGAGGAGAGUCGCUCAGUUGAGAGUGAUACCUGUGCAUCAAAAGGACCCUCUACUACAGGGAAAGAGCGCCCUGUAAGAAGAUGUCGCCUUAACAAAAAUAGCCUUGCAGAACGGUUGUGCUCAAUCCAGUGUGGUAUCUGUACACCAAGAGGACCUUCUGCAGGGAAACAUUGCUCUGAACGAAGAGGUCGCCCCAACAAAAGAGUUCCUGCAGAGGAGGAUCGCUCACUCAAGAAUAUCUCUGCAUCAAGACGACCGUCUGGAGGGAAAGAUCGUCCUGCAAGAAGUCGCUCCAACAAAAGCGGCCCUACAAAGGAGGGUUGGUCAGUUGAGGGUAGUCGCAGUACAUCAGGAAGACCCUCUGAAGGGAAAGAUCGCUCUGGAGGAAGGGGUCGCCCCAAUAAAAGUGGUCCUGAAAAGGAGGGUCCCUCAGUCAACGAUAGUCGCAGUACAUCAAGAGGACCUUCUGCAGGCAAAGACCGUUCUGCAAGAAGAAGUAGCUCCAACAAAAGUGGCCCCACAGAGGAGAGCCUCUCAGAUGAGAGGGAUAUUUGUGAAUCAAGAGGACCUUCUACAGGGAAAGAGCGCCCAGCAAGAAAAUGUCGCCUCAACAAAAAUAGCCUUGCAGAGCAGUGGUGCUCAAUCAAGUGUGGUAUCUGUGCAUUAAAACAAUUCUCUACAAGAAAAGAUCACUCUAGAGAAAGAGGUCGCUCCAAGGAAAGUGGUGUUGAAGUGGGGAGUCACUUAGUCAAGAGUGGUGUCUCUACACCAAGAGGGCCCUCUGCAGGGAAAGAUCUCCCUGCAGGAAGGGGUCGCCCUAACAAAAGCAGCCCUGCAGAGGAGGGUUGCUCAGUCAAGAGUAGUAUCUCUGCAUCAAGACGACCUUCUGUAGGCAGAGAUCGCCCUGCAAGAAGUUGCUCCAACAAAAGUGGCUCUGCAGAGGAAAGCUGCUCAGUCAAAUGUGGGAUCUGUACACCAAAAGUACCCUCUGCAGGGAAAGAUCGCCCUGGAGGAAGAGGUUGCCCCAAUAAAAACAGCCCUAAAAAGGAGGAUCCCUCUGUCAAGGGUGGUCGCAGUACAUCAAGAGGGCCCUCUGCAGGGAAAGAUCGCUCUGGAGGAAGAGGUCACACCAACAAAAGUGGGCCUGCAGAGGAAAGUCGCUCAGUUGAAGGUAGUCGCAGUACAUCAAGAGGGCCCUCUGCAGGGAAAGAUCGCUCUGGAAGAAGACGUCACACCAACAAAAGUGGGCCUGCAGAGGAGAGUCGCUCAGUUGAAGGUAUUCGCAGUACAUCAAGAGGGCCCUCUGCAGGGAAAGAUCGCCCUGGAAGAAGAGGUUACCCCAAUAAAAGCAGCCCUAAAAAGGAGGGUCCCUCUGUCAAGGGUAGUCGCAGUACAUCAAGAGGGCCCUCUGCAGGGAAAGAUCGCUCUGGAGGAAGAGGUCACACCAACAAAAGUGGGUCUGCAGAGGAGAGUCACUCAGUUGAAGGUAGUCGCAGUACAUCAAGAGGGCCUUCUGCAGGGAAAGAUCGCCCUGGAAGAAGAGGUUACCCCAAUAAAAGCAGCCCUAAAAAGGAGGGUCCCUCUGUCAAGGGUAGUCGCAGUACAUCAAGAGGGCCCUCUACAGGGAAAGAUCGCCCUGGAAGAAGAGGUUACCCCAAUAAAAACAGCCCUAAAAAGGAGGGUCCCUCUGUCAAGGGUAGUCGCAGUACAUCAAGAGGGCCCUCUGCAGGGAAAGAUCGCCCUGGAGGAAGAGGUUACCCCAAUAAAAGCAGCCCUAAGAAGGAGGGUCCCUCUGUCAAGGGUAGUCGCAGUACAUCAAGAGGGCCCUCUGCAGGGAAAGAUCGCCCUGGAAGAAGAGGUUACCCCAAUAAAAGCAGCCCUAAAAAGGAGGGUCCCUCUGUCAAGGGUAGUCGCAGUACAUCAAGAGGGCCCUCUGCAGGGAAAGAUCGCCCUGGAAGAAGAGGUUACCCCAAUAAAAACAUCCCUAAAAAGGAGGGUCCCUCUGUCAAGUGUAGUCGCAAUACAUCAAGAGGAUCCUCUGCAGGGAAAGAUCGCCCUGGAGGAAGAGGUCGCUCCAACAAAAGCAGCCCCACAGAGGAGAGUCGCUCAGUUGAAGGUAGUCGCAGUACAUCAAGAGGGCCCUCUGCAGGGAAAGAUCGCCCUGGAAGAAGAGGUUACCCCAAUAAAAGCAGCCCUAAAAAGGAGGGUUCCUCUGUCAAGGGUAGUCGCAGUACAUCAAGAGGGCCCUCUGCAGGGAAAGAUCGCCCUGGAAGAAGAAGUUACCCCAAUAAAAGCAGCCCUAAAAAGGAGGGUCCCUCUGUCAAGGGUAGUCGCAGUACAUCAAGAGGGCCCUCUGCAGGGAAAGAUCGCCCUGGAGGAAGAAGUCACCUUAAUGAAUGUGGGCCUGAAAAAAAGUGUCCCUCUGUCAAGGAUAGUCGCAGUACAUCCAGAGGGCCCUCUGCAGGGAAAGAUCGCCCUGGAAGAAGAGGUCGCUCCAACAAAAGCAGCCCCACAGAGGAGAGUCGCUCAGUUGAAGGUAGUCGCAGUACAUCAAGAGGGCCCUCUGCAGGGAAAGAUCGCCCUGGAAGAAGAGGUUACCCCAAUAAAAGCAGCCCUAAAAAGGAGGGUCCCUCUGUCAAGGGUAGUCGCAGUACAUCAAGAGGGCCCUCUGCAGGGAAAGAUCACCCUGGAAGAAGAAGUUACCCCAAUAAAAGCAGCCCUAAAAAGGAGGGUCCCUCUGUCAAGGGUAGUCGCAGUACAUCAAGAGGGCCCUCUGCAGGGAAAGAUCGCCCUGGAAGAAGAGGUUACCCCAAUAAAAGCAGCCCUAAAAAGGAGGGUCCCUCUGUCAAGGGUAGUCGCAGUACAUCAAGAGGGCCCUCUGCAGGGAAAGAUCGCCCUGGAAGAAGAGGUUACCCCAAUAAAAACAUCUCUAAAAAGGAGGGUCCCUCUGUCAAGUGUAGUCGCAGUACAUCAAGAGGAUCCUCUGCAGGGAAAGAUCGCCCUGGAGGAAGAGGUCGCUCCAACAAAAGCAGCCCCACAGAGGAGAGUCGCUCAGUUGAAGGUAUUCGCAGUACAUCAAGAGGGCCCUCUGUAGGGAAAGAUCGCCCUGGAAGAAGAGGUUACCCCAAUAAAAACAUCCCUAAAAAGGAGGGUCCCUCUGUCAAGUGUAGUCGCAGUACAUCAAGAGGAUCCUCUGCAGGGAAAGAUCGCCCUGGAGGAAGAGGUCGCUCCAGCAAAAGCAGCCCCACAGAGGAGAGUCGCUCAGUUGAAGGUAUUCGCAGUACAUCAAGAGGGCCCUCUGUAGGGAAAGAUCACUCUGGAAAAAGAGGUCACCCCAGUAAAAGGGGCCCUGAAGAGGAGGGACCUUCUUUCAAGGGUAGUCGCAGUACAUCAAGAAGGCCCUCUGUAGGGAAAGAUCGCUCUGGAGGAAGAGGUCACUCCAACAAAAGCGGGCCUGAAAAGGGGGAUCCCUCUGUCAAGGGUCGUCUCAGUAUAUCAAGAGGAUCCUCUGUAGGGAAAGAUCACUCUGGAGGAAGAGGUCACCCUAAUGAAAGGGGCCCUGAAAAGGAGGGACCUUCUGCCAAGGGUAGUCGCAGUACAUCAAGAGGGCCCUCUGUAGGGAAAGAUCGCUCUGGAGGAAGAGGUCACUCCAACAAAAGCGGGCCUGAAAAGGAGGGUCCCUCUGUCAAGGGUAGUCGCAGUACAUCGAGAGGAUCCUCUGUAGGGAAAGAUCGCCGUGGAGGAAGAGGUCACUCUAAUAAAAGUGGCCCUGAAAGGGAGGAUCCCUCUGUCAAGGGUAGUCACAAUACAUCAAGAGGGCCCUCUUUAGGGAAAGAUCGCCCUGGAGGAAGAGGUCACCCCAAUAAAAGUGGGCCUGCAGAGAAGAUUCGCUCAGUUGAGAGCAGUACCUGUGCAUCAAAAGAACCCUCUGCAGGGAAUGAGCGUCCUGCAAGAAGAUAUCAUUCCAACAAAAGUAGCCUUGCAGAGGGGUGCUGUUCAAUCAAAAGUGGUAUCUGUGUACCAAGAGGACCCUCUGCAGGGAACGAUCAUUGUGGAAGAGGUCGCCCCAAUAAAAGUGGCUCUGCAAAGAAGAGUCACUCAGUCGAGCAUAGUAGCAAUAUAUCAAGAGGACCCUCUGCAGGCAAAGAUCGCUCCACUAGCAGAAGUGGACCUUCAAAGAAAAACCAGCUUGCCCAGGAGGGUCCCUCAAAAGAGAAGGAAAGCUAUGCCAAGAGAGGGCCCUCUAAAAGGAAAGAGCACCAUGCGGGGAGACGUCCCAACAGUAGUCAACACGAAGAGGAAUUUCGCUCAUUUGGAAGGGGUAAAUCAAAAAGAGGGCCCUCUGCUGGGAAAGAUCACCCCACUGGCAAAGGUCAGCCUCCAAAGAAAAGCCGCCCUGAAAAGGACAGUUCCUCUGCAGAAAGGGGUAACCAUGCAGAGAGGGGACAGUCUACAGGAAAAGAUCACCCCACAGACAGAGGUCAGCCUCGGAAGAAAAGUCACCCUGAAGAGGUAGGGCACUCAGUUGAGAAGGGUAAUGAAGAGAGGAAACCCUCUGCAGGGAAAGAUCCCCAUACUAAGAGAGGUCGCCCUUCGAAGAAAAGCCACCCUGCAGAGAGGCAUCUAUCUGCCUCUAUGAAAUAUUGUCCUCCUAAAAAACAUCGACCUGCAGAGAAUGUCUGUGUGAAGAGAGUUCGUUCUCCAGAAAGAGUUCACUCCAUGGAGAGAGGUCACAUUGCUAAGAGAAGUUGUCUGGCAGAGAGACAGCUCUCUGCUGAGGAAGGUAGCAUGGCAGAGGAGGGUUGCUCUGUUGAGACAGAUCUUUCAGAGGAGAGAGCUGAAGAAGGGACUGUGGUAGACAAUAUGUGCUCUGUGGAGAAUGGUCAUCCCUCCAUGGAGAAAGUCUUCCUUGAAGUAAAACCCUCUUCAGGAUCCAUGUCUAGGGUAACAGAGCCAAACAACCUGCAGAGUACUCCAGAAAAGAGAAUUGACAGUGAUACUAACCAAGUAGCCCAGGUCCCUCACUGUAACCUGCCUGUUACUGUGAAGAUAAAAAUGGGAGUUGAGUUGAGGGUGCCUGAUGAACUAAAGUCUCGUCUUGUUGAGGACUGGGACUUGAUCAACAAGCAAAAGCAGUUAUUCCAACUUCCUGCUGAGAAGAAUGUAGAUACCAUUCUCGCAGAAUACGUGACUUUUGUGAAGUCACAAGGACUUGCUGAUAAUAGAGAAUACUCCGUCGAUGAAGUUGUAGCUGGAAUAAGAGAGUAUUUCAACAGGAUGCUGGGAACCCAACUGCUCUGCCAGUUUGAAAAGCCCCAGUAUGCUGAAAUUCACCUGGCUUACCCUGAUAUUCCAAUGUCUCAGGUUUAUGGGGCUCCACACCUCCUGCGAUUGUUUGUGAAAAUUGGUACUGCAUUGGCCAAUUCACCCCUUAAUAGGCAGAGUCUUCUCUUAGUGUCUAGCUAUAUGCAUGAUUUCCUUGAAUACCUUGCAGAGAAUUCCACUUCUCUGUUUAAGGUCAGCAAUUACAAAGUAGCUUCUGCUGAAUAUUGUUGCAAAGCCCUGUGAGGGUCAGCUGACUACUCAGUUAAUCCUGGAUCAGCAAAUAUUUCUGUUUGCUGUUUGCAUUGUAUAAUUGAUGUUCUUGAAGAUUGUUUAACAGGGCUUAAUGUUUCCAUUUGAUUAUUGUUGUGAGCAGAAAAAAAUUUAAGUGCUUCUUUAUAUGUACCAUCAUUCAACAACAAAUAAAUGUUCACUAAAAA